GCCAAACCGAAAACAGCCGACGACCGCCUCCAUGCCCCCAUCGACCCCACCGCCGACGACCUCUUGCCGCCCCCCGACGGCGGCUACGGCUGGGCCAUCGUCGCCGCCUCUUUCUGCUGCAACGUCGUCGUCGACGGCAUCGGCUACUGCUUCGGCGUCUUCUUGACCGCCAUCGCCGCCCAUUACGGCGCCUCCAAGGGGGAGACGGCGUGGGUGGGCAGCAUCUUGGCGGGAUCGACGAUGUGCGCGGGCCCGGUGGCGGGGGCUCUCGCCAACAGGUUCGGGUGCAGGGCGGUCUGCAUAGCAGGUGGUAUAGUGGGAGCAGCUGCAUUCGCCCUCUCUAUGUACUGUCCGACCUUGACUUCGCUCAUGUUCGUCUACGGCUUCAUAGGUGGCACUGGUUUCGGUCUCAUCUAUCUUCCGGCUGUGGUCUGCGUAGGCUAUUACUUUGAAUCGAAGAGGUCGUUAGCGACAGGCAUAUCGGUUUGUGGUUCUGGUUUCGGAGCCUUCGCGUUCGCCCCUCUAGGCACCUAUUUGCUGGACAGGUACGGAUGGCAAGGGGCCAACCUAUGUUUGGCAGGGCUGAUAUUAUGCUGCGUCGUUUUCGGAGCCGUCAUGAAACCUCUGGAAGUGGCCCAGAAGGUGUCCACAGUGCCGUUGGAAAGGAUACCCUCCAAACAACUGUUACCCAGAAACAAUACCUUCAGCGGCUGGCAAAACAACGGACCCAAUGCCCCAUACAUCUCGAAUUUGUCACUCAACAGAAGGAAGGGUAGCGUGGUCCCUCCCAUGACCAGAAAAGAUGUCUUUUAUUCAGGCUCCAUACUGAAUCUCAAAGAGUUCCAAUCUCAGAAAUCCCUCCACGACUACAGACAGAGUAUACGCACCAAAAAGAAGACCAGAUCUGAAAGCUCGUGCUUGAGUCAACUGCUGGAUCUAAGUUUGCUUAAGGAUCCAGUAUUUUUGACAUUGGGAAUUUCGAACAUAUUUGCGAUGGCCGCCGUGUACAUACCCUUCGUGUACUUAGUCGACUGUGCUAAAGCAGAUGGUAUCGAAGCUGGUAAAGCAUCUUUCCUGAUUUCGAUCAUAGGUAUAGUGAACACCGUUUCUCGUAUCGGUUUUGGGUACAUAGCGGACUUCCCUUCCGUCAGCAGCUUCCAAGUCAACAACGUCUGUCUGUGCGUGGCGGCCGCUUCAUUGGGCUUGGCUCCAUUCUGUCACACGUAUCUGACGUAUACUGUGAUGGCUGUAUUCUUCGCUGCAGCCAUGGCCGGAUACAUUUCCUUAACCUCCAUCAUCCUGGUCGACUUGCUCGGCCUCGACAAACUAACCGACGCCUUCGGUCUGAUCAUCCUCUUCCGAGGCUUCGCUGCCUUCGUGGGAUCCCCCGCCGCCGGUAUGAUUUACGACGCCACCGCCUCCUACGACGUGCCCUUCUACGUGGCGGGGGGACUUUUUGCUGUGGCCGCCAUCGUCAGCUUCUCAGUGCCGUGUUUCGUCAAGAAAAGUGCUGAAGGAGACAGGGAUGAGAGUUUAGUGCCUAUGAACGAACGGGUUUAG